AUGGGAGACUUGAAUCCGACCUCAGACAUCUCUACACCUAUCUUGCAUUCAAGAUUUCUAGAAAAAGCUCUUCACAUAAACUCUUCGACAUCACUUAUUCACAGUUACAAAAGUAUUUUCAAUGGUUUUGUUGCCCUAUUGACCAAUGAUGAGGUUCACCGGAUUUCUGCAAUGGAAGAAGUUGUAUCAGUGUUUCCAAAUAGAAAAAAUCAUAUGCACACUACAAAAUCAUGGGACUUUUUGAAAUUUCCUCAAACGGUUAGCAGAGUGAAAAAGGUUGAGAGCAACAUCAUUGUUGGAGUAAUCGAUUCUGGAAUUUGGCCAGAAUUAGAUAGCUUUAGUGAUGUUGGAAUGAGAUCGCCACCGAGCUAA